AUGGUCUUUGCCUCGAAGAGCGAGUGCUUCAAGUGCCACACUAAGAAGGACGGCUCCAAGGGCACCGGCGGGCCCGAGAGCGGCCCGCCGCCGGAGAAGUUCUCGGAGGCGCUCUGGGAGAAGCCGCGGCAGCAGCUGGGGCUGCAGCUGGUGGGUGAGCUCAGCGGAGCUGGCUGGCAGUACGUCUUGUCCGACGACAGCCGGCGGAGCUUCGCGGCCUUUCUCAAUUGCCCCUUCUCCCAGGACCAGACCAGGCAGUACUUUAGCACCAUCAAGGAUGGCACCGAUUGGAAGCAGCCGGAGGGUCCCAAUGGCCCCAUCCCCCGCAAGACGGCCUGGAUGGUGGCGCCCGGGGGCUGCGUCUGCACGUAUCGCUACGGCAGGAUUGAGGUGGAGGCCUUUCCUUUCCCUCAGUGGAUGAUGCAGAUGAUGAGCACCAUUAUGCCGAUCUGCGGAUUCAAAGAUCCCAGCACUUGGCCGAAUUCCUGCAACCUCAACCUGUACGAGGACGGCGCAAUGUCAGUCGGCUGGCACUCUGACGAUGAGAGCCUCUUCCAGGGCAAGCUUGUUGACAUCCGUAUCCUGUCUCUAUCCUUGGGGGCCAGGCGCAAGUUCGAGCUUCGGGCGAACUGGCCGGAGGAGAACGAGCGGGCCCUGAAGAGCGUGAUGUUGGGAGAUGGUGACCUAAUGACCAUGGAAGGCAUGACGCAGAAGCAUUUCCAGCACCGAGUGCCCCGGGAGGCCAGGCGCAGCGUAGGCGCAGCGGUUGGAAUAAAGCGAAGGAUACCUCAGGCGAAGGUGUAG